GCCCGCCCUCCUCCGUCCCGCCUUGCUUGCAAGCCCCCCGGUUCGCAUGCAACGGGCCGUGCUCUUGGGCGGCUGCCGGGCGGCGCCCAUGGCUGGGGGGGACGUGGGCGAGCUCUUGGUGCCCUUCAUGCCCACCAUCCGCGUGCCCAAGACCGGCGACCGCGUCUACAAGAGCGAGUGCGCCUUCUCCUACGACUCGCCGUAUUCCGAAGGAGGUCUCUAUGUGUGCAUGAAGACUUUCCUGGGAUUUGGAAGGGAACAUGUGGAAAGGCAUUACCGGAAGACGGGACAGAGCGUGUUCAUGCAUUUGAAGCGGCACGCGAGCGAAAAGGUAACAGGGGCAUCUGGUGGAGCCUCACCAAAAAGGAGAAACACCAAGCUAUUUUUAGAUCUAGAAUCCAACGGAGAUUUAAACAACGAUGAUUAUGAGUACGAGGAUGAAGCCAAACUCGUUAUAUUCCCUGAUCACUAUGAGAUCCCUUUGCCAAAUAUAGAAGAGUUACCAGCACUGGUUACAAUAGCUUGCGAUGCGGUCCUCAGUUCAAAAUCUCCCUAUCGAAAGCAAGAUCCCGAAUCCUGGGAGGAAGAGCCACAAGUUUCCAAACAUGCCAACAGUCUUGUCCAGAUGGACAACGGAGUCAGGAUUCCACCAAGUGGCUGGAAAUGUUCGAAAUGCGACCUGCGGGAGAACCUUUGGCUGAACCUGACGGAUGGGUCAGUAUUAUGCGGCAAGUGGUUCUUUGAUGGCUGCGGGGGAAAUGGACACGCCCUGGAACACUACAAAGAGAUGGGCUUUCCAUUAGCGGUGAAGCUCGGAACAAUUACUCCAGAUGGUGCAGAUGUCUAUUCCUUCGAGGAAGAAGAGCCGGUUUUGGACCCACACUUAGCUAAACACUUGGCACAUUUUGGAAUUGAUAUGCUUCAGAUGCACGUGACAGAGAACGGCGUGCGGGAUAAUGAGAUAAAACCCAGGGUCUCCGAGUGGGAAAUGAUCCAGGAAUCUGGCAUGAAGCUGAAGCCAAUGUACGGCCCGGGCUACACUGGCAUGAAAAAUUUGGGCAACAGCUGUUACAUCAGCAGUCUCAUGCAGGCCAUUUUCAGCAUCCCCGAAUUUCAGAGAGCGUAUGUGGGAAACCUCCCAAGGAUAUUUGACUAUUCUCCUCUGGACCCAACCCAAGAUUUUAACACACAGAUGGCUAAAUUGGGGCACGGCCUCCUCUCAGGGCAAUACUCUAAACCACCUGUGAAGUCCGAACUCAUCGAACAGGUGAUGAAAGAAGAACACAAGCCUCAGCACAACGGCAUUUCCCCGCGCAUGUUCAAAGCUUUCGUAAGCAAAGGGCACCCGGAGUUUUCUUCCAAUCGGCAACAAGAUGCACAGGAGUUUUUCUUGCACCUUAUCAAUUUAAUAGAGAGGAACCGCAUCGGCUCCGAAAACCCCAGCGAUGUCUUCCGAUUUUUAGUGGAAGAGCGUACACAGUGCUGCCAGUCCCGGAAAGUCCGAUACACAGAGAGAGUCGACUACAUCAUGCAGCUGCCUGUGGCAAUGGAGGCUGCAAUAAACAAAGAUGAACUGAUUGCCUAUGAGCUGAAGAGGAGAGAAGCGGAAACAGCCAGGAGGCCACCUCCAGAGCUCAUCCGUGCCCGGAUCCCGUUCAGGGCCUGUUUGCAAGCUUUUCUAGAACCGGAGAAUGUAGCGGACUUCUGGAGCAGCGCCCUUCAAGCCAAGUCUGCUGGAGUGAAAACCUCUCGCUUCGCAUCAUUUCCCGAAUACCUCGUAGUACAGAUAAAGAAAUUCACUUUUGGCCUUGACUGGAUACCCAAAAAGCUCGAUGUUUCCAUAGACAUGCCAGAUGUUCUGGACAUCAGCCACCUCCGUGCCAAAGGCCUGCAACCAGGAGAGGAGGAACUUCCAGACAUCUCUCCACCCAUUAUCAUUCCCGAUGAUCCCAAAGAUGGCGCGAUGAACCGUUUCAUGGACCCUCCAGACAUUGAUGAAUCCUCAGUAAUGCAGCUAGCAGAAAUGGGUUUCCCACUCGAGGCGUGUCGAAAGGCUGUCUACUAUACUGGCAACAUGGGUGCAGAGGUGGCUUUCAACUGGAUCAUUGCCCAUAUGGAAGAACCAGACUUUGCAGAGCCGUUAGCCAUUCCCAGUUAUGGAGCAGCUGCUUAUUCAGGGGCAGGUGGUUCCGGAGCUCUUGGCCUGGAUAACCACCCCCCAGAAGAGAUGGUGGCCAUCAUCGCCUCUAUGGGCUUCCAGCGGAAUGUCGCCGUCCAGGCAUUGAGGGCAACGAACAAUAAUUUGGAACAUGCCAUCGACUGGAUCUUCAGUCACCCGGAUGCGGAAGGGAACGAAACCACUUCUGAGGCUCUGGACGUGGGGAACCAUGUGAAUGCCAACAGCCUUGCGGAAUCAGACCCCGAGGGGCCCACGAUCAAAGACGGGUCUGGACGAUAUGAACUCUUCGGGUUCGUUAGUCACAUGGGAACAUCGACAAUGAGCGGCCAUUAUGUUUGCCAUGUCAAAAAGGAAGGAAGAUGGGUGAUCUACAAUGAUUUGAAAGUCUGUGCCUCUGAGCGGCCACCCAAAGAGCUGGGCUAUAUUUACUUCUAUCACCGGAUACCAAGUUAGGCCGAAGGGGUCUCCCUGGGCCUUAGGAAGCCAUAGCCUUUUUAUUCUGCCGAAUAUAUAUAUAGACAUAUAUGUAUUUGAAAGAAGCAAAGCCUUUGGACUGCCAAAAAUGGAAAACAUUUGGAGUACCAUUUAUAGCUUAAAUCAGGAUCAGUCGUUUGAUGCCUUCUUAAAUAUUAGCAGGGAAAAAAAAAUCUUAGGUCAUGGUGCAUUGUAGGAUUUUUAAAUUUGUAUACUUUUUUUUUCCUAUGGAGGCUACAAGACUGUUCUAAUCGCUAGUGGAGUUUGCAACCCCUGGAGAACAGGAGGCUGUUCCUGGACUGUGAAAUGUCCCCCUGACUUUUGUGCCCCCCAAACUUGAUUUGAAUUGUCUAAGCUGUUGACUGGGUAGAGGUGACGUCGCCUUUUCCAAAUUUAGCGGAGGCUCUGUUGGCCGGCACAAAACACAGCAAAAUCAUGCAUAUCCUUGGUUUAAAAGGGUCUUUUGGUUUACCUCAGAAUCUCAUGGGCCAGAUUCAUUUGCCAGAAACGGUACAUCAAGUUGAGAUUAAAAAAGCCACGCCGAGAAAAUUCAGUGUCGUGAAACAAAAAAAUCUGGAUGUUUGUUUUUUUAACGAAAGCGCGUCAGUUGAUUUUUGGGAAUCGUAUCUUCAGCUUCUCCGUCCUGAGCAUCGGAACUGUUGAUCGCAGAGAAGCUCCUAAGAGCUGGUCCAUUCAUGUCAACGGAGGCAUGCUGUUGGAUCUGCUGUUGUUGUUGAGGACAAACCCACAAGAGCUAUGUGUGUGGGUGUGAAUGUAAGCGCAUGCACCCAUCAGGCCUCUAUUUAAGGCUGAAGAUCACCAAGCCAGAGUUCAGUUAUUGUUUUUCCUCCUCAGGCAUGACCGCAAAUAAAUUGGAGCGCACCUGACGAAUGCGAUGAGAAUGCUCUCCCCAGCUGGGGCAGUCGAUUUGAUUUUGAUUUUUUCAAACAACCGUCCUGAUUAUCCACAGAUUACAAAAGAACUAAUUAUCCUGUGUUUCUUGGGCGUCCUUUCUGGAAAGCCCCCGUCUGCUCCCUUCACCCCUGGUUAAUUAUCUCACUCAAUUUUCGCAAGGAUUUUAAUUUUGUUUCCGACUGCUUGUUUGGAUUUGCAGUCCCGAGAGGACGAGACCCGCAGACUUGCUCUGGAAAUGAGUAGGCGGCUCUGUCGAAAAAGGGCCGAUGUAUUUGUGUGCUUUGCCAGACUUCUAGUAUGUUGAAGUGCUCUUUGCGACAAUCCAGGAGCAGCUGCAGCAUGUCUGAGUCCUGUAGCCCACAGGUGUCAAAACUCGCGGCCCUCCAGAUGUUCACGAACUACAAUUCCCAUCAGCCCUUGCCAGUAUAGCCAAUGCUCAUGUUGGGAGAGACUGAUGGGAAUUGUAGUUCAUGAACAUCUGGAGGGCCGUGGGCUUGACGCCCCUGCUGUAGCCGCUUCAGGCCACUGUCUCAGUCCCUCGGCCCAGAGCAGCUAACGCUCCUUCCAGCUUCAUUCUCUGGGCCUCUUCGGCAUCUUUAAGGACUGUGCUGCUCUCUGCAUUGGGCAUAAAAGAACAUAAGAACAGCCACGCUGGGUCAGACCAAGGCUGAUCAAGUCCAGCAGUCUGUUCACACAGUGGCCAACCAGGAGCUUGGAGGGGCAGUGGGGGGGCAUUAGUAUUUCCAUGCUGGGGG